GCUCUCCUCAACAUUUGGCCGGGCGGCGGCUGGGGGCCCGGGGCUGGGGGAGCCCUCGGGUACAGGGUGGAACGGGCGGGGCCCGCAGGAUGUAUCCCCAAGGCAGGCCUCCGGCUGGACAGCCCUUCAAGUUCUCUGUUUUAGAGAUCUGCGACCGCGUGAAGGAGGAAUUUCAAUAUCUGCAGGCUCAGUACCACAGCCUCAAACUGGAGUGUGAAAAACUGGCCAGUGAGAAGACUGAGAUGCAGCGUCAUUACGUCAUGUAUUAUGAGAUGUCCUAUGGCCUCAACCUGGAGAUGCACAAGCAGGCAGAGAUUGUGAAAAGACUCAGCACCGUCUGCGCCAAGAUCAUCCCUUUUGUGAAGCAGGAGCACCAGCAGCAAAUCCUUCAGGCUGUGGAGAGGGCCAAACAGGUGACCACAACCGAGCUGAACAGCAUCAUCGGGCAGCAGCAGUUACAGCACCUGUCACACCACAUUCCACCUGUACCCUUGACCCCCCACCCUGCAGCAGGGCUGCUAGCCCUGUCUGGAGCCCUAGUCACCCAGGCCCAGCUGGCAGCCACCACCACUACCGUUGAUACUACUACCAAGGAGAAUCAGAGGAUCCCAGGCACCAGGGAGCCUCCUGCAGUCAGAGGCCACAGCAGCCGGAGCAUAUCCCCUUCACCUUCAGAGAGCCUAGUGGAGGAAGAGUGGCUCAUUGGUCAGACAUGCAAACAGGAAGAGAAAGAUCCUCUGGGAAACUAUGACAGCGAUGGUGACAAGAGCGAUUAUAAUCUGGUGGUGGAUGAGGAUCCUGUCUCGGAACCCCCCAGCCUGGUGCCCACACCCAGCCCGAAACUACAAACACAUCCAGAUCUGCCCGACAGCCCAACUUCUUUGGCCUCUUUGGCCUCAAGCCAGGCCACACUGACCCCCAAAGGCAAGGAUCCCAGUCUGAAGCUGUUUUCUGUCAGCACGCCUCCAAUGGGCAAGCCCAGCGGCUCCUCCUCCUCCCUAGACGCCUCCAUCCCUGGCCCCAGCUUUGCCAGCCACCUCCACCAGCUUAGCACCAAACCGCUGCCUGCCACAGAUGGUGCUGGGGAGAAACAUGGCCUCCCACCCACCUCUACCCCAGCUCCUGCUAGGGGAGAGUCAGCCUACGAAAGAUGGAUGAAGACUGUUUGGUGGGAGCAGGACCUCACUGACUCAGACCGCGGGCUAAGGGAAAUAAGGGAGACUGAAAAUUAGGAAACUUGGGGUCUGCUAUCAUGUCCAUCGCCAACUCACUCUACCAUCUUGUGCAAAUACGUUCCCCUUUCUGGACCUGUAAAAUGGUUGGGGGGGGGCGGGGAGGAGGAGAACUAGAAGAUGUCUAAGGUCACUUCUAACUCUAACACUUUUUGUGUUCUAAGGGCCCUCCCAGUUCUGACAUGUUUCUGUUUUAUGGUUCCAAAAUUCUAAGCUUAUAAGGUUAUUCAGGUUACUAAGAUUCACUCCAGGAAUGGAGAAUGAUAUGAGCUGAAAAGGCUUGAAGACCCAAAUGAAUACUGUAUUUUGUA